CAUCGAUUCAUUUGACAUCCGCAUGAACUCGUCUUGAGAGUCGUAUACAAUAAGCGGCUUUUAUUUACGUGUAUGUGUACAUAUGCAAAAUAUACGCAUCAUCUAUAUUAGGAUUGAUGAUUGAGGACUGGUGGUGUCUAAUAUCAUCCACAACGUCAACGAUUCCUUGAAGAAGUACGCUUGGAGUAUCUAUUGGAAUUGCACUGGGUUGCUUCGCCCAAUAAAACAGAUAGCUAUAUCAGCACAAUGCAGAGCAUGGUGGCCCACAGCGGGGUGUCGGCUAAACGGCUUUGUCGAUCCCCUACCGCACUAUAUCGCACACUGGCGGCCCUGCGACCCAGCAUAGCCGACCACAGCACAACCACUCGCAUGUUAUCGGGUAGCUGGGUGUGGAGUAUGAAACGGCACCAAAGCCCGUUGACGGCAUCUACAUGCGCAUAUACACACACGACCCUGCAGAGGAGUCAUAUACAUACACUGAGGAGACUGGCCAAUUUAGCAAAGAGUGGUGAGAGCGUACAGAAGGUCGCCAAGAGGCCCUUUAUGGGGGUGGGUAGGCUGAACCGGCUCGAACAAGCUGCGGACGCGUCCCCUAGAGAUGUUACCAAGCAAUUGGCAUUACUUAAGGAACUGAACCGUGCAGGUGAGCACGAAGUUGUGAUCAGGCGCUGGGAUAGCAAUAAAUUCGCCAUCAACGAAGCGGCAAUGCAAGAGUACAUCAAGGCGCUUGUGCACGCGCACCGUAUGGAGGCGUCUUCGUUACCCAACGCAAUUAAGCGCUUAGAGUCCUUUGGCAAGUCAGGUCUAUCAGACGCAGGCUUGGUCGGUGCUGGCGCAGGGGGUGUCUCACUGGCAGGCAUCUCAGCCUCUAGUCCGUUGCCUGUGGAGCUUGUGAGCACGAUAAAAUUCGCUCUGUUGAAGAAGGUUGGGUGGCAGAUUAUGUCGGCAUUCAUCUUCUUCUCGGUGAUGAUUGCGGUGGUACAAGAUGGCAUGAAUGUGAACAAGAAUAUACCAGGCAUGCGCACCAGUACAACGCCCCACGCGGACGAGGACACUGGGUUGCGGUUUGAAGAUGUGCGAGGAUGUGACGAGGCCAAGCAAGAUUUGGAGGAAGUGGUAGAGUUCCUGCGAAACCCGGAGAAGUUCACCCGGCUGGGUGGUAAACUACCCAAGGGGUUGCUACUCAUGGGUCCACCGGGUACGGGCAAGACGAUGUUGGCACGAGCUAUCGCGGGUGAAGCUGAUGUGCCCUUUUUCUACUGUGCUGGGUCUGAUUUCGAUGAGAUGUUUGUGGGUGUGGGUGCGCGACGAGUCCGAGAACUCUUCGAAGCAGCGCUGAAAGUCCAACCAUGCAUCGUCUUCAUCGAUGAGAUCGACGCUAUUGGUGGCAAACGGAAUGUCAGGGACGGCAGUGGCAACUCGCGCAUGACAUUGAAUCAACUGCUUGUUGAAUUGGAUGGCUUUAAGCAGAACGAUGGUGUAAUAGUUGUGGGCGCUACGAAUUUCCCAGAGCUUCUUGACGAAGCACUAAUUAGGCCUGGCAGAUUCGACAAGAAGGUGUACAUCAACAUACCCGAUACCAAAGGACGCUUGGAGAUCUUGCAAUCACACAUUAGUAAGGUAGGAGUGGAUCCGGCGGUGGAUCUCCGAGUGAUUGCUCGCGCCACAUCAGGGAUGUCGGGAGCCGAGUUGUCAAACAUGGUGAACCAGGCGGCGUUGAAGGCGUCUAUCGAUAACAAGACGGAGGUGGGAACUAAGGAGUUUAUCUACGCACUCGACAAGAUAAGAAUGGGCGCAGAAAACAAGUCAAGGAUCAUUACGGCUAAGAACCGGAAUCAGACCGCGUAUCACGAGGGAGGCCAUGCGCUAGUGGCUGCACUCACCCCGGGAGCUAAUGCGAUGUACAAAGCCACCAUAUUGUCUCGCGGACAGACUCUAGGAAUGGUACAAUUUUUACCCGAGGUAGACAACACCAGUCGUUCCAAGGAAGCAUACUUUGCUGAUCUGCGAGUAGCCAUGGGCGGUAGGGCAGCCGAAGAGUUGCUCUGGGGAGAGGAAAACGUCUCAAGUGGCUGCAGCUCAGAUCUGAAAAAUGCGACGAGCAUGGCAACACAUAUGGUGUGUGACCUAGGAUAUAGUAAAAAGAUUGGCAAAGUUGUGCACGACCGAGACAGCCCCAAAUCGGAGGAGACGAUGAAACUUAUCGACCUUGAAGUGAGGAGGCUGCUAGAUGAAGCGUAUGAAGACGCCAUCAAUACCUUAAGGAAGAAUAAGGACAAGCUUGAUUUGCUGGCCACGGCUUUAAUAGAAUACGAGACUCUGGACGGUGAAGAGAUCAAAAUGGUUUUGGAAGGAAAGCCGCUACCGGACAGAGAAUUAGUGGCGCCGCCGGACACAGAUCUGAAUUACGACAACCUCCUUGCUUAGUAUAAGGAUUAUAAUUAGAUACUUGAGAGCCUCGGGCACGCUGUGAUCGGAUCGGGCCAAUAUAUUGUACAUAACUCCACUAUAAACAUAGAAUAUAGAUUUUAAGUCGUUGUCUGUGGUUGUAUCUGUGUCUGCUUCUGUAGCUGUA